GUAAACAAAUAUUUAACUGCAAGUUUUAUCAUUUUUAGCUCCGCUAUGAUUCGCUGGAGUUUAAGUGCGCGCCGAGUCGAAGGUCGCGCAAUCACCAACGCGCUCCACGCCGCUUUCCUUUCGCCGGCAGGACAUGUCGGCAUCAUCCACCAUGGAAUAUACGCUCCAACGCGCGCCGAACAACGUCAGUACGCAACGCGGACGCGUGCGCGACACGCAACCAACGCGACGUUUACUUCACGCAACGUGCACACUAAGUUGCAGCAAACCACGAGUAGUACACAAUCACAGUACAUAUUUUCAUUUGGUUGUUUUUUGAGGCAUUACCACACUGUUCUGUUAUCUACGCGUUGCGAGAGGUUGGAUUUAUUGGACAAGAUGGGUUGUUCCACGUCGAAAGUUUCUUCUGAGGAGAAUUCAAGUAAAUCCGCCGGCGGUGGCCGCAACGAUGAUUACAUCGAGGGGGUGGUGUGCAAGGAUGCGGACAUCGGCGAGAAUGAGAUGAAGGCGUUCCAGAUGGGCGAAGUCGGCAAGGUGCUGGUGGUGAGGCAGAAUGGAGUGCUGACGGCGCUGGGGAGUAAAUGCACGCAUUAUGGGGCGCCGCUGGAGACGGGCGCGUUGGGCGAUGGAAGGGUGAGGUGUCCAUGGCAUGGGGCUUGUUUUAAUCUGAAGACGGGGGAUAUUGAGGAUUUUCCAGGAGUGGAUUCAUUGCCAUGCUUCAAAGUGCAAGUAAACUCAGAAAACAACGUCGUUGUUCGCGCGAAACGCUCCGAAUUGAAAUCCUCCAAACGCGUCAAAGAAAUGACCCCGUUGAAUGAAUCCGAGCGCGCACACAUCGUCAUCGUCGGCGGCGGACCAUCGGGCAACUCAUGCGCAGAAACCCUCCGACAAAAUGGCUACGCCGGCAAAAUCACCAUGCUGUGCAAGGAGAAAUUCCUGCCGUAUGAUCGCGUCAAGAUCUCCAAGAUCCUCGACGCGCAAAUCGAGCAGAUUCAGAUGCGUAGCGAUGAGUUUUACAAACAGAAUCACAUUGAAGUGUGUCGUGAUUCACCAGCGACAUCUUUGGACACUGCUAAUAAGAAGAUCAUACUUAAAGAUGGCACCUGUGUGCCGUAUUCGAAACUUUACGUGGCUACAGGUUCGACUGCGCUGCGGCCAAAGAUUCCCGGCGUGGAUUUGCGGAAUAUUUUCACGCUGAGGGAUUACGAGGAUGCGCAGAAGGUGCAUGCGCUGUUGGAUGCGGAGAAGGAGGUGGUGGUGUUGGGUGCGAGUUUUAUUGCGAUGGAAGCCGCGGCGUAUUGUCAGGGUAAAGUGAAAAAAGUCACUGUUGUUGGGAGAGAUACGUAUCCGUUCCAGAAGUUACUAGGAGAGGAAAUUGGCGCGGCGGUUAAGUGUCUUUUUGAGGGUAAAGGCGUUAAUUUCAUUAUGAAUUCAGGCAUUUCGGAGUUUCAGGGACCAGAUAUGGUGCAGAAAGCUAAAUUGACAACUGGUGAAACAAUAAAAGCAGAUAUUGUCAUCCUCGGUACAGGAUCAACUUUAAACACGGAAUUCAUGAAGGAUUCCGGCGUUGCGAUGAAUUCCCACGGUGCUGUCGAAGUCGACGAAUUCCUGCAAACAAACGUGCCUAAUAUCUACGCUGGCGGUGACAUUGCCAACGCGCCUGUCUUCUCCUGGGACAACCGGAAGUCCGCCAUUGGUCACUAUGGCCUCGCACAAUACCACGGCCGUAUUGCCGGGCUUAAUUUAGCCGGCAAACAAACCUGUCAGGAAACUGUACCGUUCUUCUGGACGAUGUUAUUCGGGCACGGUAUUAGAUACUGCGGACAUGGCGCGUUUGAUGAGAUUUUGUACUCUGGCGAUGUUAAAGGCUUAAAAUACGCGGCGUAUUUCUUGAAAGAUGGAACUGUUACCGCUGUGAGCACUUGUGUUGCUCCUGGCGCUGCUGAAUUUGCUAAUAGACUUGCGUCUGGUAAGAAAUUGUACAGGCAGGAUUUAGGAGCGAAUUAUUCAGCGUGGAUGAAUAAGGAAAAGACUUCGCUUUGAGUAUUUGACUUGUUAAGAGAGGAAAACUUUCAAAAAAUCGACAAAAAGCAAUAAUUUAAGAGUAUUCAUGAUGUUGUUAAGUUUGAUGUAAAGUUAUGAGAGUUUUAAUGACGUUAACUGCGAGUUUUUUGAAAGUUUUCAGAGGAUGGACCAAAUGGAAAACUAGUUUUGAUAUUUGUAUGUUUGUUAUAUAUUUUAAAAUGUAUUAUUUUAUUACAAGCUAUUUAAAAAUGAUGAGAAAACGUUAA